GCCGUCCCGGGCGUUCAUGUGAUGCGGGGCGUCGCCGAGCGUUUGGGAGCUGGGGAGGCGAGCACCAGCGGAGGCUGGCAAACGGCGGCGGGAGCAGCGGCGGGAGCAGCAGCAUGGCUGCCCUGUACGGAGGUGUAGAGGGGGGAGGCACACGGUCCAAGGUCCUUUUACUCUCAGAGGAUGGGCAGAUCGUGGCAGAAGCAGAUGGACUCAGCACAAAUCACUGGCUGAUUGGAACAGAGAAGUGUGUGGAGAGGAUCAAUGAGAUGGUGAACAGGGCCAAACGGAAAGCAGGGGUGGAUCUUCUGGUACCUCUCCGAAGCCUGGGCCUAUCCCUGAGCGGUGGGGAGCAGGAGGAUGCGGUGAGGAUCCUGUUGGAGGAGCUGAGGGGCCGAUUUCCCUUCCUGAGUGAAAACUACUUUAUCACCACUGAUGCCGCCGGCUCCAUCGCCACAGCUACGCCGGAUGGUGGGAUCGUGCUCAUCUCUGGGACAGGCUCCAACUGCAGACUCAUCAACCCCGAUGGCUCUGAGAGUGGCUGCGGCGGCUGGGGCCACAUGAUAGGGGACGAGGGCUCAGCUUACUGGAUUGCACACCAAGCAGUGAAAAUAGUGUUUGAUUCCAUCGACAACCUAGAGGCGGCUCCUCAUGACAUUGGCUGUGUCAAACAGGCCAUGUUUGACUAUUUCCAGGUGCCAGAUCGGUUAGGAAUCCUCUCUUACCUGUACAGGGAUUUUGAUAAAAGCAGGUUUGCUGGAUUUUGCCAGAAAAUUGCAGAAGCUGCUCAGCAGGGAGAUCCCCUUUCCCGGUACAUCUUCAGGAAGGCGGGCGAGAUGUUGGGCAGACACAUUGUGGCAGUGUUGCCAGAGAUUGACCCGGUCUUGUUCCAAGGGGUGACUGGCCUCCCUAUACUGUGUGUGGGCUCUGUAUGGAAGAGCUGGGAGUUGCUAAAGGAAGAUGCUUGAUAAGUCCUGAUGUGUAGACAGCACAAAAGUUCCUUCUCAAGAAGAAGUUGCAAAACAGUAUUUCGGCCUCAAUUCAGACUACUCACAUGGACCUUCUGAUGGCAAAGCUGGCUCCGAGAAGCAGUGCCUCUGACAUGCACAGUAGCUUCACCUAUGACUCCUGUGUUCUGCCAUUCAGACCACAGGAGUUUGAAAGACACCCGGCAGACAAAAUGUGGUAUGUCCAUCAGUGGAAUAAUAUUUAGCAGAACGGAACAAAAUACCAGCAUAAAUUAUGCCACUGGUGAACCUCAGAAAUAGCCUCAGUGAAAAAAACAGACAAGACCACACAUUAUGUGAUUGCAUUGAUACUGUAUAUCCAAAAGAGGCAAAUUUAGAGACCAAAAAAUUAGUAGCUGCCUAGCGCUGGAAACAAUGUAAAUAGGCAUGAAAGAUACUGGGGGGGCAGGAGGUGAAAAGAUCUGUAACUGGGUUAUGGUUAUGGCUGUGCCACUCAGGAAAGUUACUAAAAUCACUGUAAAUUUUAUGAUAUGUAAAAUAUGCCUCAAUAAAGUUUAAAAGAAAAAAGACUUCUGCUUCCAAACCACCAUCCAGCAUUAAAUAUUCCUGAAGACUCAGACUCAGUAGGACAGGAUUAUCACUUACUGUUAAGCUGUAGAGUGAAAACAUUGUACCAUUUAAUAGUAAACAGUGAAAAAUGUUUUACUAUUUCAGGUCUAUUUUUCUGCAAAAUUAAAUAUCCUAGGAUGUUUCCUUAUUUUUUAAUAAAAAGUGGCCCGGAAGAAGAUAGGAUUGGGAAAGAAAGCUCAAACAAACCUCACAAAUGAGACUCCUCUUAACAACAAAACCUAAGAGGGCGCUUUCUUUUGGAAUAAAGAUGGUGCUUUUAACUUUCCUUCCUUUGCAGAUUGCUUUCCGUCCCCUGGGGAAGUAGUGGUGGAUCUCUUAGCUGUACUCUGUAGGAAUCAGUGUACUUAGCUGUCCU